AUGGCGUCCGGCUCGUCAAAUAACCGCACAAUGGAGUCUCGUACUGGUAGAAGCAAACAACGCUACAACGCAAAAGGCGAACGACUAGUGGCCGGAGUGGUGCCUCUCACGGAGGACAGGCUAUACGUCUUGCUCAUCCAAUCGACUAGGAGAAAAGGCUGGGUUAUUCCCAAGGGAGGCUGGGAAUCAGACGAAGAAUGUACGGAGGCUGCCGAACGCGAAGCUUGGGAAGAAGCCGGGAUAGUUAUCCGUAUCGACUAUGACCUCGGCGAGGUCGUUGACUCGCGGCCACCUAAAAAGCUAUCCAAGGAUGCGCCUAAGGCAUUAUACCGCUUUUACGAAGCCACUGUCCUCACAGAGGAAAGCAACUGGCCCGAGAAGCAUAAGAGGGAACGCCAGUGGUUUACGUAUUCCCAAGCGAAGGAGGCCCUCUCCGAUCGGCCAGAGCUUUUACAGGCUCUUGAGCUAUCUACUAUGCAUAGAACCUAA